AUUUCAGAAAACAUGGCUCCAAAGCAACGUAUGAAUGUUGCCAAUUCACAAUUCAGCAAAAACGUUACUAAUCGCGGAAAUGUCGCUAAAUCCCUGAAACCCCAAGAAGACAAGUAUCCAGCCGCUCCUUGGCUGAUUGGACUCUUCGUAUUUGUGGUUUGCGGGUCAGCUAUCUUUGAGAUCAUUCGGUACGUGAAGAUGGGAUGGUAGAUAAAAAUCCAAAUGCUAGCGCAUUGCAUCCUCAUCUUCCCUUAUGUCCCCCAGAAAGAAGGCUAUUUACGAAAACGUGCCGGUCAGAAUGUGAUAAAACAUACUUUGUAUUUAAUUUUUCUUUUUUCCUCGUUUGUGUUGGUUAACCCAUACAUCACGUAAAGUCACGUGCGAGUUGAGUGGUUCAGCUACUGAAUCAACAGUUUCAGUCUAUUAAGCAAGUGAUUUUUGAUGCAUAGUCUUUGGUUAUAUCAAUAAGGUAAUUAUUAUACACUUUAUGGUUUUAUUGACAUUUUGUCUGUUUUUUUUAUCAGAUCUAUUUUUUGCUUUUGAAGAGUUUUAUCCAAGAGUGCUUAAAAUGUUCAUUGAUUUUUAGUCAUUCUUGUUUUGGUAUCUGGUAUG